GUCCGAGGCUAUGGGCGAUGAUGCCUCCAUCUUCCAUCCUGUUCGCCGCCAAUGGUGGGGUUCGAUCGGAAGCCCGCAAUGACGCUGUUGGCGGCCUCAGGCCGGCGGCCUCCCGGGAAUCCCCGCGCCCAUCACAUGACAUCAUCCGAUCCGACCUGCCAGGCCGCAAGGCUGCAACAUGCUUGGUCGCCUGUCAAGGCUUCAAGGCGUCAACAGCAGGCUACGAAUAACCAAAUCCCUAAAACGGCAGGAACCAGACAGAGCAUUCUCUGUGUUCCUCAGGGUCUGCCCGAACCCAUCCCAUAUUUGGUACUCCGUCGUGGGGGUCGACAUCCGGCUGUACAAACCAACCCGUUCGGCUACUGGACCCUUUGGGCUCCUGUUCCCUCCGUGUUUCUUUCGUGCUUCAUCCCAACAUCGGAGAAAGCAGCGGGGAUCGCUCCUCCGGUCCGCUACUUACUUAUUCCAAUCAUUUCGCUGCUCUUCUGUCGGCCACGGCCUAGAACUGUCUGCCCCGGUCCAGCUGAUCUGAAAAGAACAAUAAUAUACAUAAGGUGGAGACCUGGACGACAACCCCCGGGUUGGGGAUGCCCUCAGCCCAUUGAGUACGAAUCCCGGAGCUCCCUCGGCGAAACGCUCUCCUGCAGCUCUCGUACGACUCCCACGCCGGUGUCCACCGCACCACGACCAACAAGAUUAGUACGGAGUACUAUCUAUCUAUUACUGUCUACGUACGUCGAAAGCAACCAGCCGAGGAGACGCUUUCCAGUAUCCACCUUAUCCGGAGAAAGGACGCCUAACGCUUUCUUACAUUGACUGGAGGGUUAACUGCAGGUCACAUCAUAACAAGAUAGUAGUAGGUGUAGUGGAAAUAGUACUAAUACAGAUAUAUCAAUUCGCGAGGGUAGAUAACAGGACUGUUACAAAAACUGGCUUAACUAGUGGAGAUCAUGCUCAUGUUCAUGCGUGAUUGCCGUUGACCUGCGGCGAGUUCU